CAUUCCAAGAAUGUCGCCUUCCCUCUUUGUUGCUGGGAGUGACCACCCCUCUGCUUUCGCCUAUUCCCGUCCAACCACUUUGUCUAAAGAGAUAGCCACCAUGCUCGCCCUUGUCAUGCCGCCCGGUUGCCACUAGACCUAGCGUUAAAACCCACCAACGCCAGACUGCAGUGGAUAAAUUCCUUCGAUAGUCAACAGCCUUGUCCUUCCCGAGCACCUGCCUUCCGAAAUGUGCUCGUGUUUUUCUUUGCGGAAGAAGAGAGUGACUGAGUUUCUAAUGGUGCCAUUACUGCGGCCAACAGUUGAAGAAAAUGGAUGCUAGCAAGGUUGCCGUACCGGCGAAGGAGGCACUUCGAAGCCCGGUGGAAGCCAUUCUAGUGACGACUAUGACGAUUACUCCAACCCCUUUAACUUCAAUAGCACCAAGAAUGCUCACAUAGGCUGAUUUAGGCAUUGAAGGGUUUCAGUUCACUUGUUACAUCCAAAGAGAAUUGAGCUCUCCGCUCCGCUCCAAUGGAAAGCAACAGCAGCAACCCAAUUGGCAUGGACGUCCAUUCCAACGGGCAACUCCCUAACAACUGCUUCUUCAACCCCAGCUGGGAGAAUUCGAUCUCGAUGGACCAGACCGAUCCCUUUGAAUCCGCCCUGAGCUCGAUCGUCUCGUCCCCUGUGGCCUCCACAAUGGGGCCUGGAGAAGGCGACCACGGCAUGAUCAAGGAGCUGAUCGGGCGGCUUGGAGUCAUAUGCAACUCGGGCGAGAUUUCCCCGCAGUCCUACUUCGAGCAUAGAUCGAGCAAUAACAGCACCAACACUUCUGCCUAUACAACUCCCCUGAAUUCGCCCCCGAAGCUCAGCCUGUCUAUGAUGGAUCAUCAGAUCAGGGGGAAUUUCUGGAUGCCGGGAACCCAGUUCCACCCUCAUUCUCAACAGAGCUUCGUGCCGUUUUCCACUGACCCAGGAUUUGCCGAGCGAGCUGCGAGGUCUUCAUGCUUCGGGGUCAGGAACUUUGCCGGUGGAUUGCAAUUGAAUGGGAGUCAACGUCAAGCUGUCACCGCCAAGAAGGAAAAAGUUCUUUCUCGGGAUGGGAAUUCCGGUUUCGGAGAUGCAGGGGAUUCCCGGGAGGGUUCCUCACUGUCAGAGCAGAUACCGGGAGUAGAAAUGAAUAAUAUGAGAGCACAGAAUGAUGCCAAUGCCAGGAAGAGGAAAUCAGCUCAAAGGGGAAAACCGAAGGAUUCGACUCUUCCUCCUAAGGAUUCCGAGGUUGCGGGUGAAAACAACCAGCCAAGCCCGAAGAAAAUCAAGUCCGGUGAGGCUGCUGAAAAUGGAAGCGGCAAGGAGUGCGAUGAGAAUGCUGAUAAAGUUUCCCAGGGGGAUAAGAAUCAGAAACUGGGUAAGGACAGCAAAUCGAAGCAGCCGGAGCCGCCAAAGGACUAUAUCCAUGUCAGAGCAAGAAGAGGCCAAGCCACGGACAGUCACAGCCUAGCUGAAAGAGUCAGGCGAGAGAAGAUUAGCCAAAGGAUGAAGGUCCUUCAGGACCUUGUUCCGGGUUGUAACAAGGUUACUGGAAAGGCAGUUAUGCUAGAUGAGAUCAUAAACUAUGUCCAAUCCUUGCAAUGCCAGGUCGAGUUCCUGUCAAUGAAGUUAGCAACCUUGAAUCCGAGGAUGGAUUUUAACGUGGAAGCUUUCCUGUCCAAGGAUAUAUUUCAGUCAAGGGGAUUGUUGGCGCAUUCAGAUUUCCCUUUGGACUCUUCCUCUGCACCUACAUUCCAUUAUGGUUUCCAGCCUUCCCAUGGCAUGAUAUCGGCCAUGUCCGAGCCUGAGGUUCAAUACCCAGAAAACCCAUUGAAUGCUGUGAUCCAUAGAAAUCGCAGCAACCAUUUGCCCCCAAUUGAUGGGUUCCCUGAGGCUUCGUCUCAGGUAAUCAAGAAAUCAUCGAGUGAACUCAUGUCGGCAAUGUGGGAGGAUGACCUGCAGAGUGUGGUCCAAAUGGGUAUUGCCCAGAACCAUCAGCCCUUGAGCUUCCAUGGCUCAGCGGAACCGAACCAUCCCCAAAUGAAAGUCAAGUCAUAGUGGGUCCAGGACUCAGCCCUAACCAACGUUGAUUCGAUGGGCAAGACCAACUACUACUAGUAAUUCUUCAAGGAGACCCCUUCACUUAAUUUUUUGUAUAUACAAAGGAGUUGGCGAUCUUUGAGAUUUCAGCAGAAAGAUCGCUUGGCUUAGGGAAAAGAUGACAUUUCUUCAUCUUUAUCCUUCCUCCUUUCCUUUUCUUAUAUUAUUAAUUUUCAAUUCUUGGAAAUUAUAGUCAAAUUUAUGGACCAAAUAGUUUCCUUUAACUUAUUCUUUAGACAAUCAAAAGUUAAUAUUCUUCCAUCAUGACUCCAUUCUGUAAAAGGACUCGUCUCGUGGUGUGAGAAAGCAUGAUUAGUUGUGUAAUGACCGACUAAUUUAGUGUUGUUCUCUGUAAGCAAUUGCUCUUGUAUUGGAAGUGUCUAUCAUUAUGUGUUUGUGUAUAAGCAAAUUGGCUCAUUUUCGGUGAAUAAUAAUAAAUGUUAUUUCUGUCUU